AUGUCUAUCUUUAUCGACACCAACUUCAUUCGUGCUCUUCACCCAGAUAGAACCCGUACAGAACUUAAAGCUCUCCGGGGCAGUGCUUCAGAUGAGAAGAUCAGCGAGGUACUUUUGGAUGCCAUCGAGCGCGGAUCCCUUUCGACAUCCACAUUCGCUGCGUGGCUCAGCGUCUGUAGGUCCCCGCACGUCAUCGAGAAGUCUUUACGGCAAAAGACAUCAGUGCAUAUAAGAUACCUUGGAGUCAAGCAGCUCAAGAAAGGUCUUGGGUCGGCGCAUUGGGAAGAACUCUGGGAUGGCCUGGGCGGCACAUCAGGCUUGCUAGAUGUUAUUGGCGAUCUCUCAGUCCUUGAAGUUCGAGCAACUUGCAAGGCACUCGGACGUAGUGUCAAAACCAGAGACACUGAACACAAACGAGCACGAUUGACGGAGCUUUUCGAAGGCCUACAUCCUGAUAGCUUUCCAAAUGCGAAACACAAGACGACUGACUCGAGGCCCUUGACCAAAUACUAUCAGGCUCUCGUUCCAAGCUGUAACGAGGAACUUGUUCACCGCAUCACAGUAGGAGAUCAGAAAGAGAAAUGGAAGUAUGUUAGGGAACGUGGCCUACUCGAGAAGCACUCAAGCAGUAUCGGAACUACCCUGCUGCAAUCGAUCUUCCGGGAUCAAUCACCCGACACAAAAAGCAAAGAGCGACUCCAAGCAUUAUCGACGAGGUUCCCUUCGACUACAACUCCUGAGCCUGGGUUUUCAGCUUCCAUGGCGUUCGCAUUUGAGCUGCUCCGUGAGCUUGUCGAAACUGGAUCAUGUUGCAUGGAUAGUACUUGGGUGGUCGACAAUCUUGUCCGACCUCUGCUAAGACGUGGCGUUCGAAGACACGAAAGCUGGUCAGGAAUCCAGUCGAUCACUGCUCUGAUCAUAAGAUACUUAAACAGCCAUCCCAGUGCUGCGAAAAUCCUUACCAACGUCAAAGGAGAUGUGUUACACAUGGUCGCUUCGUGCUGGUCCCGACGCUCAGCUUUGUUUGAGGUACAUCUCAAGUCCCUACUCAAGAUGGUCUUUGGCAGCACAACUCGUUUGGAGGAUUUUACCAACCUACUGGUGGGGAUCCCAAAGUCUCGACGAUACCCUCUGCUCCAGUUAUGUUGCCAGGAAGUCAUGGACAUAAAUUUGAACGCCGCACAGAAUAUGGAGAAUAUUCGAGGCAAAUUGACCCCUGGAUUACUUGACAGCAUCGGAGCGACACAUGCACUAGGGCUUUUCAGACGCCUUCGCGAUGCUAGAGGAGAUACCGAUUUGGUUGACUUGGGCCAGUACAGCUCUGUUCUUGUGACUACUCGGACUCCCGACGUUUACGAAGGAGAUCCAGACAUAUACUACCUUGUGCUUCUUAAUCGCAACGGUAUGCACGCAGAUGCAGAGUCGCACGCCGCCAGUAUCCUGAAAGCUCGGAAGAAGAUCACAAAGACCAGUUCCGACAGGAAUUUGCGCGCUGAGAAUGCAUUGUCGGUUUGGGCGUGUGCGAACGCUAGCGGAUCUCUAAGACUUUUGUCAGAAACCGUGAAUUGGGCCAGAUCAUUCGUCCGUGAUCAAUUGACGGCAUCUAAGCUCUUCUCUACCUAUUAUGACGAGACUUACAAACUACUAUCUGGGUGCCUCAAACACGGCGACGAAGUCCUAAAUUCAAAGGAACUCCGCCAGCGAGUUGAGUGUGCAAAUUUGAUCAUGAUGGACUUGCUUGACAUCGCAUUCUCUGCGUUACGCGAACCGUCCUUCAAUUCCAGCAAUUGGCGCAAGACAGUGGGAAUAUUCACACAUGUUAUCAAGGAGCGCAUGAGGCUUUCGGUAGACUUGGAGAAAAUCAGGAACGUACCAGACGAGGAAGUCUAUUACGCCCUCUGGGAAGAUACGAUUACAACGCUUAUUCGAGCCGAGACACUAGCCAACCAGGAGGAGAAUGAGAAGCUAGGUGCAAACACGAUUUCAGGCAUUGUCGUUGGCAAGACUGCUUUUACCGAUAUCAGGCCCAAUGACAACGGCAGAGCAACAUGGAAAUUUCUCGAUAAUCUUGCCAGAGCCAGAAAUGACUUAUGGAAAGACCUGCGGCCGGCUAGGUAUCCUGAUGUGCUUACUCUUCCUGAGCCUUUUCCACGCGGACUACCGGUGCAACAUCUUCUCGCAUGCUGGACUCCAAAUACCAUAAAUCUAUGCGAACUUGCACCAUACAUCUUUUCACGAGUAGAGAGUACUCUCUUUGUCUCGUCAAAAGUUGCUCUGAAUCCGGUAUCUUCUGAAGAACAUAUGCAACAUGCCAUCGGUGCAUUCGUGGACAGCUACCAGUACGCCCUUAACGCAUAUGUUUCUGGUGUAUGUGAUCCACAAGAGAAAGAGAAGCGGCUCGCAAAAGUUUGGUUCUAUGCAACAGGUGCUCUUAGUGAACAGAGAAUGACCUCUGAAGAGGCUAUUAGGUACUGGAAACGACACAUCCCCUCUUAUCUGCAGUCGACUUUGUCCAAAGUCAUGCCAGUGGAAGAGCAUGUACCAUGGCCGGUAGUACCAGAGUUUGACGAUCCAUCAGAGGCUCAUGAGUGGAAUCCGCUUGAGGCUAGACCUGCCGAUGUCAAAAUAAAAGCACGCGAUCUUGGCACAGCCACGUACAUCGAUCUCUGCACGAUCGGGAGCCAUGCUAAACAUACGAAACCUCACAUCUGGUCUCACUACGAACCACCAGUACCGCAAGUUCCCGCUGAAGAGAGCUCUGUUGGCUCGAUAUGGGGCUGCCAUUCUACUGAUGCUGAGAGAGAAGCCAGUGCUUUGGCCGCUUUGCUUUAUCUCGACGCGAAAUACGGCUCGAUUGAAAGGAUGUUGACAACGCCAUUUCCAUCGCUAGAUGAUGUCCGUUAUCCAUGCCUUUAUCUUGACGAGGACUUCCUCUCUCGCGACGAACUUUGUGUCCCAGAUGCGGCAGCGUACCUUUCCAGACACCAAGGACUGAUUCCUUUGACGUUGGUUCAUACGCUUGUUACUACCUUAGUUGGAAGAUUCACCUACAAGCGGAAAUCGCGUGUGUUGGGUGAGGCAGCUUUCACGCUCAUUCGGGCUCUGAGUGAAAGUGAUAAGCCUGGUCCUGCAUUUGAACUAGCCAUUGAGGUUAUCAUCGGACAACCAAGUGCCAGCUCCUGGCAUCGUAUGCUGUUCUACAGUGGCUUUCUUCAAAGGCUUCCUGCUUCAGACGCCCGUGCAUGUAUAAGCAAGUUUGCUAGAGCAGUCGGUAAAAAGCUCGAUGCGCAGAAUUCUAGAGCACAACCAGAAGCCGCGGCAGGGCAGAUGGACAAUGAGAUCGAUAAACGGGCACAAAGCCCAGAUAGAAGUGACGCUCACGCAAGCCAAACAACCAUCAAAGUCACCACCCUCAAGUCGCUUGCGCAGGUACUGCACGGAUCCACCUACAUUGGUGAUGAUUUCUCAUUAGAGAUCUUGGCUAGCCUUUCGAAGAAAGUCUCACACGUCGACGUCCGGCUCAGCAUUCUGCGAACCUUACUUAGCAAACUGGAUGCCAACCGGCCAGGGCUCUGGGACACCGUUCUAUCGACACUGCAGUCAUUCAUACCGUUAGCAGGCAGCCUUGAUGAGCGCGAGCACAUGACUGAAAGCGACUGGACCAAUGCGGAAAAAACCAUGACCAUGCCAAAGGUUCAGCUUACCACCAAGCCCACGUGGCGGGAGGAGUCACCAAUGUUGCAUGCCUUCGUACAAAGAUACCUCGACCUCGGUGGUAGCAAACUGACAGCCCUGUACUUGAGGCGCAUCAUACUUCCAACUCUAGAGUUGCUGAAACGAAACACUAGAAGAUGGGCGUUAUUGUUUUUGAGGAAGUAUGCGCCAAAGCAUGUUGAGAUCCUCCAGACAAUGCUUCCGCCAGUCCCGCUAGGUAUCGUAAUCUGGGAAAUGAUCCUUUCGGGAUCGAGUACGAAGCCGUACCAUAUACCAAAGACAAUACUCAAUGAGUAUGUGGCAUACAUGUCUUUUCGGCUCAAUCCACCUAGAGCAAUCUAUGCGUUGAAUAAGGGCUUAGAAGAUGAUGUUGCUGUGAAAAGCAGGCCUGAAGUGGCAAUCUGGCUUGAGCUGUAUGGGAACGGGAUUGACAACGUGUGGCUGUACAGAUUUUCCUUCACCCACAUAUCAGAUUUUGAUGACCAAGAGAGUGAAGAUGACGAGGCCUGUAUCACUCGGCACUUCUACCAGAAGAAAUGGCUCGGAAUCUUCACUACUUUUCUGUGGGCUGAUGAACCAAGUUAUGUUCAACUGAGGGGUUUCAUCUCCACACUAACAGACCCUUUCAAUAUCCCCUGCCCGUGGUGGAAUCAAUACGGCCGUACCACCGUCGAAGCCAUGCUCGCAUACAUCAAUGGCAUAUGUACACGGGACUGGCAGGCUGAUCCGAACCGCAAACCCGCUAUCCUGCCUGACACAUUCGAUUGGAAGCUAUCUCUGCUCUCCUAUCCCCUGACACAUCUAUACAAAACCAACAGCGAGGCUCGAGAGCAGGCUUGCAAACAAUUUUCAGAUGAGUUGAGCGCCAUUCUCGAUGGCAUCAGCAACUCCAUGUACCACGCCAAGUUUGCCCAGAUCCAAGACCGCAUUUGUAGCGGGCGCAACCUCAACAACAAAGACUUCAAAGAUAACUUAAUGCUAAGUGCGUUGUACUUGGGUGAUAUCUCAAAGACGAGUUUGUCGUGGUUGACGACUCCGGAUCUACUACGGGUCAACCUGGCGGCCGACAUGGUGGUGGAGGUGAAGGGCAUGGACAAUGGAGCGCUGGAGCCAAGGCUGAAGGCGAUGUUAGAUAGUUGGGUUUCUAGCGAGAAUGAGGAAGUUAGAAGGACUGGAUACAGUGCGCAGAACAAAUACUACAACGCCGAUGGCAAAAAGGUAGAGCUGACACGACUGCGGUCGUAG